CAAAGAUAAAGAUCCUCUCAUGGAGCAACUUAGUAAUGCCGAAAAUCAUGAUGUGGAAAUUGGAAGGAUCAAUGUGGUUACUUGGAUGGAUUGUUUGGAUCUUAGAAUGCUUGCUGUGCUAGCUAAUUCGACCCUAUCUAGCUCAAGGUUGGAUAGUGAACGUAAUGGUUACUUAAGUUCCGAAUCUGUGUUGGAUAAGCUUAUUAAACAGGUUCUUCAGGGUGUGCAAUUAAAGGCCUGUGAAUUGAAAUUAAUACUACUUAUUGAUUUGUACAACUGCUCCGCAAGUGUUUCCCAUGGUCGUGAAGUUAUGCUGGUACAUAUUGAAUAUUAUGAUAGGUCAGAUUAUUGGAAAGUGAAGUAGCUCAUUACCAGAUUGGACAUAUCUUUUAUAACCGUGACCACAAAUGCUCACAUACAUAGGUGAUCCUUUACUGCAUAAGCAUAUUUUCUGUGCCAUUGUCAUGGGUAAUAAAAUCUGUUUGGACAGUUUAAUUUUGUUAUUAUCUCAUUAACAUUAAGGUUUUAGUUGCUGAAUUGGAAAAC